AUGGCGACCAUUACAUCUACCGAGUCGCAAUGGCUCUCUCAACUGGCCGCCAUGCGCCAGGCUAUCGCCGAUCUAAAGCUCCCCAAAGAGCUACCCCACGAUACAACUGGAUAUGGAAGUGACAUGGAUUUGGACCUGGAUGAGGACUACUCUUCUCCAGGAACCGUUGAUGAUGUCUGGGAUAUUAUCAGCUCCGAUGAGGAGACUGAUGACCAAGAUGAGGUCAACGAAAUGUCUUUCCCGCAGACUUUACCCUACGAUCGAGUUUGGCUGGAAGCAAAAUGCCAAGAGGUUUCAGCUCGCUCAAGCAUGAAUGCCGCGGAGCUCUGCCAGCAGAUCAUCGCGACGUUAGCCGCCGAUACCGACGAUGCUGAGCUUCAGAUGUCCCUUGCCGAAAUUGUGGGGUUUGAGGAUUUGGAUCUCGUCAUCGAACUGAUCGCACAUCGAACGGAGAUCUUGUCCGACAAGCCACAACGGGUGGAAGCACAAACGGAUGGACUGGUAUCGGGAAGACUGUUGACGCGCGCUGAGCGAGAGGAGGCGCUGUGGCAACGAGAUUUAGAGCAUAAGAAUGCCCCGCUCAUGGCAGCCCAGACUCGAGGGGAGCCUGCAUACCCCCAUGUGUUCAAGCUGCACAGCUCUGGAAAUCUCCUCUCUGCGGCCGGCAAAAAAUUCGGUCUUCCUGUUGGCAGCAAACAUCUUGUAGAAUCCAAAUACGAGGAGUAUGAAAUCCCAGCAUCCAAAGUUGGCUAUGUGAAAAGGGACCAGAAGCUAGUAGAGAUUGCUUCGCUUGAUGGUCUUUGCCGUGGCACAUUCAAGGGCUACAAGAGUCUUAAUCGAAUGCAAAGCUUACUUUAUGAUGUUGCUUACAAGACCAGCGAGAACAUGCUUAUUUGUGCACCGACUGGUGCUGGUAAAACAGAUGCCGCCAUGCUUACUAUUCUCAAUGCGGUCGGAAAAAAUACCUCUCCAAACCCGUUGGAGGAUCCUGAUGCAACUGAUUUUACAGUUGAAGUUGAUGACUUCAAGAUUGUCUAUGUCGCUCCAAUGAAGGCAUUGGCGGCUGAAGUUACAGAAAAGCUUGGAAAACGACUGGCAUGGCUGGGAAUCAAAGCCCGCGAGCUCACUGGUGAUAUGCAAUUAACGAAGCGUGAAAUUAUGGACACUCAGAUCAUUGUAACCACUCCUGAGAAAUGGGAUGUGGUGACUCGAAAGAGCACUGGAGACACCGAACUUGUCCAAAAGGUGCGACUGCUGAUUAUCGAUGAAGUCCACAUGCUCCACGAUGAGCGUGGUGCUGUUAUCGAAUCCUUGGUUGCCCGUACACAGCGUCAAGUUGAAAGCACACAGUCAUUAAUUCGUAUCGUUGGUCUUUCUGCGACUCUGCCUAACUAUGUCGAUGUCGCCGAUUUCUUGAAGGUCAACAAAAUGGCUGGUCUCUUCUUCUUUGAUUCCUCUUUCCGACCCGUGCCUCUAGAGCAGCAUUUCAUCGGAGUGAAAGGUAAGCCUGGGUCUAAGCAGUCGCGAGAAAAUAUUGAUGUUGUCGCAUUUGAGAAAGUGCGUGCUAUGAUGGAGAGAGGUCAUCAAGUGAUGGUUUUUGUGCAUUCCCGUAAGGACACUGUAAUGACGGCGCGCAUGUUGAAGCAGCUGGCUGCGGAAGAUGGAUGCGAGGACUUGUUCAGCUGCCAUGAACAUGAGGAUUACUCUUCUGCGCUGCGUGAUAUGAAGCAUGCUCGUGCACGUGAACUACGAGACUUAUUCGCCAGCGGAUUCGGAACUCACCAUGCUGGUAUGAGUCGCAGCGAUCGUAAUCUCAUGGAGCGUAUGUUCUCCGAAGGUCUGAUCAAGGUUCUUUGCUGUACUGCCACCCUCGCAUGGGGUGUCAACCUUCCCGCGGCAGCCGUUGUCAUCAAGGGAACUCAGCUGUACAACCCCCAAGAGGGUAAGUUCGUGGAUCUGAGCAUUCUUGAUGUACUUCAAAUCUUCGGUCGUGCCGGUCGUCCUCAAUUUCAGGAUACCGGUAUUGGUUUCAUUUGUACCACCCACGAUAGGUUGCACCAUUACCUCUCUGCAGUUACUGCUCAGCAGCCUAUCGAGUCUCGAUUCUCCAGUCGGCUGGUUGACAACUUGAAUGCGGAAAUCUCGCUGGGUACUGUGACGUCUGUUGCCGAGGCGGUGCAAUGGCUUGGAUACUCGUAUCUAUUUGUUCGAAUGCAGCGUGAGCCCCGCAACUAUGGAAUCGAGUUUGCCGAGCUUCGAGAUGAUCCUAUGCUUGUUCAGCGACGCCGAACACUGAUCAUCCAGGCUGCCCGCACUCUACAAAAGAGUCAGAUGAUCGUUUUCAAUGAAAAGACUGAGGACCUCAAAGCGAAAGAUGUUGGUCGUAUCGCUAGUCAGUACUAUGUUCUGCAAGGCAGUGUUGAAAUUUUCAACGAAAUGAUGCGCGCACGCGCAGGAGAAGCGGAUGUGCUCAAGAUGAUCAGUAUGAGUGGUGAAUUUGACAACAUCCAAGCCCGAGAGAGCGAGUCCAAGGAACUGCAACGUCUACGAGAUGAAGUAAUCCAGACUGAGGUUGAUGGCGGUAAUGAUUCACCCCAUGCCAAAACCAACAUUCUGCUUCAAUCCUACAUUUCUCGUGCGAAGCUCGAGGAUUUUGCUUUGGUCUCUGACACAGGAUACGUGGCUCAGAACGCAGCUCGUAUUUGUCGUGCGCUGUUUAUGAUUGCUCUGAAUCGUCGUUGGGGCUACCAGUGCCAAGUGCUGCUGUCGCUCUGCAAGUCCAUUGAGAAGCAGAUCUGGCCUUUCGACCAUCCAUUCCACCAGUUUGAUCUACCUCAGCCAGUUCUACGAAACCUGGAUGAGAAGCUCCCGUCGUCUUCCAUCGAGUCGAUGAGAGAGAUGGAGCCUGCGGAGAUUGGAAACCUUGUCCACAAUCAAAAAAUGGGCAAGGUGUUGUCAAAGCUGCUGGAUAACUUCCCGACCCUGAAUGUACUCCGCAUUCGUCUCGCAAUCUACCCCGAAUUCACCUGGAACGAUCGCCACCACGGUACAUCUGAAUCAUUCUGGGUUUGGGUGGAGAACUCGGAGACCUCAGAGAUUUACCAUCACGAGUACUUCAUCCUCAGUCGCAAGAAGCUUUACGAUGACCAUGAGCUUAACUUUACCAUUCCACUAUCUGAUCCGCUACCAAGUCAGAUCUAUGUGCGGGUCAUCUCCGACCGUUGGUUGGGUGCCGAAACUGUCAGCCCUGUCUCUUUCCAACAUCUUAUCCGUCCGGACACUGAAAGCGUCUAUACGGACCUUUUGAACCUCCAGCCCCUGCCCGUUUCAGCUCUUAAGGAUCCCAUUCUCGAGGAAUUGUACGGACAACGAUUUCAGUUCUUUAACCCCAUGCAAACCCAAAUCUUCCACCUACUCUACCAUACUCCGGCCAAUGUUCUUCUUGGAUCUCCUACUGGAAGUGGAAAAACCGUGGCAUGUGAACUGGCAAUGUGGUGGGCUUUCCGUGAGCAGCCUGGCUCGAAAGUGGUAUACAUCGCUCCGAUGAAGGCGCUUGUCCGCGAACGAGUUCAAGAUUGGCGCAAGCGUUUCACAGGCCCCAUGGGCUUGAAACUUGUCGAGUUGACCGGUGACAAUACCCCUGACACCAGAACCAUUCGCGAUGCAGAUAUCAUUAUCACUACUCCUGAGAAAUGGGACGGUAUCUCACGUAGUUGGCAGACCAGAGAUUACGUCCGAAAGGUGAGUCUUGUGAUUAUCGAUGAGAUUCAUCUACUGGGUGGAGAUCGAGGUCCAAUUUUGGAAAUCAUUGUGUCCCGAAUGAACUACAUCGCCUCGCAGUCUAAGGGAUCUGUACGACUCAUGGGUAUGUCUACUGCCUGUGCAAACGCCUCUGAUCUCGGAAACUGGCUUGGUGUCAAGGAAGGCUUGUUCAACUUCCGCCACUCCGUUCGUCCUGUACCCCUUGAGAUUUUUAUCGACGGAUUUCCCGAACAACGUGGCUUUUGUCCACUGAUGCAGUCUAUGAACCGACCGACGUUCCUUGCCAUCAAGAAUCACUCCCCAGAGAAGCCUGUCAUUGUGUUCGUUGCCUCUCGCAGACAGACCCGUCUCACUGCCAAGGACUUGAUCAAUUACUGUGGUAUGGAGGAUAAUCCUCGUCGGUUUGUCCGUAUGUCGGAGGAUGACUUGGAGUUGAACCUCACUCGAGUCAAGGACGAUGCGUUGAGAGAGGCGCUCAGCUUUGGUAUUGGUCUGCAUCACGCUGGUCUCGUCGAAUCCGACCGACAACUCUCCGAAGAACUUUUUGCCAAUAACAAGAUUCAAAUUCUUGUCGCGACCAGUACCCUGGCCUGGGGUGUUAACCUUCCCGCCCAUCUCGUCGUUGUGAAGGGCACGCAAUUCUUCGAUGCCAAGAUCGAGGGCUACCGUGACAUGGACUUGACUGAUGUUUUGCAAAUGCUUGGUCGUGCUGGUCGUCCCCAGUUCGACAAUUCGGGUAUCGCACGCAUCUUCACGCAGGAUUCCAAAAAGGCAUUCUACAAACAUUUCCUGCAUACUGGUUUCCCCGUCGAGUCCACCUUACACAAGGUAUUGGACAACCACUUGGGCGCUGAAGUCUCGGCAGGAACCAUUGGUACGAAACAGGAUGCCCUAGACUAUCUUACCUGGACAUUCUUCUUCCGCCGACUGCAUAAGAACCCAUCUUACUAUGGGCUCGAGAUUGCUGCAGAAGAGCAAAACACCAUGGCUGCGCAGGCAGUCGCUCAAGAAUUCAUGGUUGAUCUGGUUGACAAAUCUCUCAAUGAUUUGGCGGAGUCGUCUUGUGUUCUUGUGGAUUCUGCGACCGGAGAGGUUGACCCAACUCCAUUUGGUAAGAUCAUGAGUUACUACUACCUAUCGCACAAGACUAUCCGCUACCUCAUGGCCCAUGCCAAGCGUGAGCCUACUUUCCAAGAUGUGCUUAGCUGGAUGUGUUCUGCUACCGAGUUUGAUGAGUUGCCCGUCCGCCACAAUGAAGAUCUCAUCAACGCCGAGCUUGCUCAGAAUCUUCCCUUGUCUAUUGAAUCCAUGGGCGACGUUCCCAUGUGGGACCCUCACGUCAAGGCUUUCCUCCUGCUCCAGGCUUAUAUGUCGCGCAUCGAUCUGCCAAUUUCGGAUUACGUUGGUGACCAAACAUCGGUUUUGGACCAAGGCAUCCGUAUCAUUCAAGCAUCCAUCGAUGUCAUGGCUGAGCUGGGCUACAUCCCUGCAUGCCAGAUGUUGAUGACUCUUCUGCAAUGUAUCAAAUCAGCUCGCUGGCCCGAAGACCAUCCUCUCUCCAUUCUUCCAGGUGUGGCCACUGAAAACCCACCGCGCGGUAUUCCAUCCUCAUUGGUGGCAAUGGCUUCACAGACUGGAUCUUCCGUGGCUGGCCUAGUCAAGAAACUGAACCUUCCCAUGAAUUUCACUCGCGCUGCCUCCCAACUUCCACAAAUUUCGAUCUCUGUCGUUGGAAUUACGCCCAGGGGCAUGAGUGUCUCCGUGGUUCGACGAAACCCACACACGAGCUCGGAGUAUAGAAUCUAUGCUCCCCGCUUCCCCAAGCCACAGACCGAGGGUUACUUCUUGAUUGUCUGUAGUGCUAGGCCUGAUGGCAGUGAUGGAGAGCUUCUGGGAUUGAAACGUGUGUCAUGGCCGCCCGCAUCCAGAUUGAACCAUGGCAAGGGCCGUGCCGGAGCUGGCUCAGCAAGUGGCAAGGAUAAGAACGGUGGUGGUUCGCUCUCUGUGCGUUCUUUGGUCAAGUUCCCCGGUACAGCUCUAUUAGAAUCGGGGUCAGUUACUACCGAUGGUAUUGCUCGUGUCAAUGUCAAGGUGAUCAGUGAUUCAUACAUUGGAAUGCAGUGGACGCUGUCCAAUGUGGAGGUUGAUGUUGCGGCUACAGUUGGGACUCAGACGAUUGAGUCAUCCAGUGUCCCUGUCAAAGGUUGA